AUGAAGCUGAGCGGAACGCGCGAGGCCAGCCAUGCCUACAGCUGGUACGAUGGAGACCGCGAUGUGCUCUCUGCGAAGCUCGAUAGCUUCCUAGAUGACGUUCCAAGCUCCAUCAACAACAGCAACCUUCCAAUACCCGGCGCCAAGGUUGUUAUUGCGCCGCACGCCGGCUACACAUACUCUGGACCUUGUGCCGCCUGGGCUUACAAGUGUCUCGACCUGAGCAAAGCCAAGCGAAUCUUUGUUCUUGGUCCCUCACAUACAUACUAUCUCCCUGGAUGCGCCCUUACCAAGUUCGCCAAAUACGCGACGCCCUUCGGUGACCUGACCGUCGACGCGGCCAUAGUACAAGAGCUGCGGGACACGGGCAAGUUCCAGGACAUCUCGAGCCGCAACGACGUCGACGAGCACUCGUUGGAGAUGCACCUGCCCUACAUCUACAAGCGAUUGAUGCAGACCUUCGAGUCGUCGAACGAGUACCCCACCAUCGUGCCCAUCCUCAUCGGCAACAACGAUGGACAGGAGGAGAAGGAGUUCGGCGAGCUGCUGGCGCCCUACCUGAAAGACCCGGAUAACGCCUUCGUCAUCAGCUCCGACUUCUGCCACUGGGGCUCGAGGUUCAGCUACACCGCCUACGCGCCCGAGGGCAAUGUCAAGCAGCUGCAGUCUCUGACGCGGAGAUCCACUACGCCCACGAAUCCGCCCAUCCACGAGAGCAUCAAGCAGGUCGACCAGCUGGCUAUAGACGCCAUUGCAUCGGGCAACCACAAUGCCUUUGUCGACAAUCUGCAGCACACGAAUAACACGGUUUGUGGACGACAUCCCAUCGGUGUAAUGAUGGCUGCUUUGGAGGUACUGGCGAGAGAUGGUGCUGAGGAGGGCAAGUUUCGGUUCAAGUUCGUGCAGUACCAGCGGAGCAGCCUGGUAGAGGACUAUAGUGACUCGAGUGUGAGCUAUGCGUCGGCAUAUGCUAUCGUCUGA